ACAAAAUUGUGUGAAAAAACAACAACAAAAACAAAAGUUUUAUACAAUACAAAUCGUUAGAGAGAACAAGAGCGUCUACAGAUCGGCCAACAAAAGAGAGAGAGAGAGAGAGAGGGGAAGACAGAGAGAGAGUGCGAGCGAGGAAGCGAGAGAGCAGCAACAAAUUACACGCGUAAAUUGCGUAGCGAAAUUUUGAAUGAAUCAAAUAAUAAAUAACUAACUAAAUAAGUUGGCAACUGGAAAUUAUAGAAACGAUAAACUUGCCAACUCACUAACUGGCCUAAGGCAAACUUCAGAAAUUCAAAAAUAAACAUAACACUGCCAUAUUGCAACAAAGAUUCAAAACUGACUAAAAAGAACCAGAAAAUAAAAUAAUAAACAAACAAACAACCAAUCUACCUCGUUGCUAGGCGCUCACUCAAGUGAUAGCCAGGAAAUCAAAUCAUCUCAAAAGUGAAAGAUUCAUCUCUUGGCCCAUAUGUAGACCAAGUGUCGGCGAGAAAAAAGAUGAUGGAACAAACUAUUAUUAUAAUCCAGACAACCUAAAAAACUAGAUAACCAAAAGGAAAGGUUUUAAGAAAGGCGAAACGUACGAUCGUUAGAUCAUUGAGAGGAGUGUCUCCUGCAGUUUUUUUUUUAUACUCAUACAGACAACUGAUUGAGAUUUUUUUUUCCCCCCAUCCCUCCUAAUUUCUCCAUCUGGAAUUCCACUUGCAUCUUCAAAUUCAUUCGUGAGAAACGAGAGAGAAAUACACACUCACACACACACACACACACUAUGAUGAAGAGCAACGGCGAUAUUGAAGGGCAUCAAUUGCCCAUUGCUCCUGGCGGAGCAUCUGUUGCCUCUACAACUAAACCCAGUAAUGGUCACAGCAAUGGCCAUGGCCAUGGCAAUGGCAAUGGCAAUGCGAAUGGUAAUGGAAAUGGAAAUGGCAAUGGGAUGGGCAAUGCCUAUCAUCAGAAUGGAGGUGGCGGACGACGUGACUCCAGUCAGGCAUUCACACCGUUGCUGGCCCAGCACAAUAACACAAAUGGCGACUCAUUGGCCAGUCCGGCGACAGUCACGCCCACAGCCAACACAAUGCUCUACGAGAGUGCGCCGAGCAAUAACAACGAAUGGAAGGCCUCCGAGGAUAUAAACAAUCUGAAGAAUGGCCUGCUAAGCAACAACAAUGGCAAUGGACAUGGUCAUGGGCAUGGCCAUGGACAUGGUCACAAUCUCCGUGAGAAAUAUAAUCACGAGCAGGCACCACUGACAGGUGGUUAUAAAUUGCCGCCAGCACGUUCCAGUGAGUCGGAUGAAUCCGAUUUUGAUUCGGAUCUGAAUGGCGGCGCCAAUGAGGGAUCCAAUUGUGGACUAUUUGGUUGCCGGCCACGCUGGGCCAGAAGAUUCGCCUCGACGCAUGUGUUCAUGGUGGUAUUUCUGUUGGCCUACAUCCUCCAGGGCAUGUAUAUGACAUAUUUUGUGUCCGUGAUCACAACCAUAGAGAAGCUCUUUCAGAUCAAGUCCAAGACCACUGGCUUUCUGUUGAGUGCCAGCGAGAUGGGUCAAAUCUGUACGGCCAUGUUGUUGACCUAUUUCGCGGGUCGUGGCCAUCGACCCAGAUGGAUAGCCUGCGGCAUGGUUCUCUUUUCCAUAGCGGCAUUCGCCUGUGCCCUGCCGCAUUUCAUUUUUGGCGAGCAGCUAAUGCACUCCAGUGUAAUCCUUCAACAGCAGCAGCAGCAACAACAACAACAACAACAGCAACAACCGUCGCUGAUGCAGCAGCUGGAGGAGAUCAGCAGCAGCAGCGGCAGCGGCAGCCUGUUGGCCUUGACGCAACCAAAUCCGAAUCUCUGCCUGCUGGGCGGCAAUGGCACUUUGGCCGGGAGCGAGUGUAAUGAACAGCGUCAACAGGAGCAGGCCUCCCACUCGAAGAUCACAGUGAUUGUCCUUUGCAUAUUCUUUGGCAGUCUCCUCAGCUCGGGCAUUGGCCAGACGGCAGUGGCCACACUGGGCAUCCCGUAUAUAGACGACAAUGUGGGCAGCAAGCAGUCGCCCAUGUAUAUGGCCGUCACCAUUGGCAUGCGGAUCCUGGGCCCGGCAUCUGGGUUCAUAUUCGGCAGCUUUUGCACACGCUGGUAUGUGAAUUUCACCAAUCCCGGCUUCGAUGCCAGUGAUCCGCGUUGGAUUGGCGCCUGGUGGGUGGGCCCCGUCGCCAUUGGCAGCCUCAUGCUGAUGGCCUCCAUUGCCAUGUUCUCGUUCCCCAAGCAGCUAAGCGGCAAAAAGACCAGCCAGACAGCCCAGGCUCAGGCAGCAGCAGCUGCACCCAUCGAAUUGGAGGAGAAACCCAAACUGAAGGACUUUCCAAAGACUGUGCGACGUCAGCUAAGCAAUGAUAUACUCAUGUUCCGCACGGCCUCGUGCGUCUUUCAUCUGCUGCCCAUUGCCGGAUUGUAUACGUUCCUGCCCAAAUAUUUGGAAACGCAAUUCCGUUUGGCCACCUACGAUGCCAAUUUGAUAGCCGCCUUCUGUGGCAUCCUUGUCAUGGGCAUUGGCAUUGUUAUCUCCGGUUUGUUCAUCCUGAAGCGUAAACCCACAGCCAAGGGUGUCGCUGCGUGGAUAGCCUUCACGGCUUUGGUCUACUCGGCUGGCAUGGUCAUCUUAAUGUUUAUUGGCUGCAGCAUGAAUGAUUUUGCCGGCUAUAAGGCCAGCGAUGGCAACAGUCCCGCUAUCAUUGAGCCCGUUUGCAAUGCUGCCCUCAACUGUACCUGUGAUAAGGAGAAUUUCGCCCCAAUUUGCGCCGAUGGCAAGAUGUACAUCUCGGCCUGCCAUGCCGGCUGUAGCAGCUCCUCGCUGAGGGCCAGCGAUAAUCGCACACUCUAUUCGGAUUGUGCUUGCAUUCCAGAUGUUGCUGAGGCGGUCAAUGGUUACUGUGAUAAUAACUGCAAGAACUUCAUCUACUUUAUACUGAUUUUUGCCAUUUGCGUAUUUAUGCAUUCCACCUCCGAGGUGGGCAGCAUGCUGCUUGUCAUGCGCUGUACACAUCCAAAGGAUAAAGCCAUGGCCAUGGGUGUCAUACAGUCGGCCAUUGGCCUAUUUGGAAAUGUUCCUUGCCCCAUUAUCUAUGGAGCUGUCGUGGACUCAGCCUGUCUCAUAUGGAAAUCGGUGUGUGGCAAGCAUGGCGCCUGUUCACUCUACGAUGCGGAUACAUUUAGACAAUACUUUCUUGGCAUAACGGCUGGCAUUAUGUUUUUGGCAUUUCUCAUGGAUUUGGUUGUCUGGCGGAAGGCUCAUCGUAUUGAUAUUGCGCCCGAAGAUCAUUUGGAUGCAGCCGGGCCAGUGCAAGCCUCACGCUCACUGGAUGUAUCUGAGUCCAAACAGCCCAUAGCCCCAGCUCCAGAUACGACAGUCUAAGUAAGAAAAUAAAACAAGAGAAACGAAAUCCAAUCUACAUCAACAGCAACAACAACAACAACUACUCCGAUAAAGAAGCAAAAAAACAAGAAAACAGAUUUCCAAUAAAUGUUUACCUUAAUUGUUAAUUAGUUAUCAUUUUGUCUAGUUUUUUAGCCUAAUGCAAGAGUUAUUAUUAUGUAUUUAGUUAAGUGGCAUUUUAGAAAACCUCAUUAAAAUUUAUAUAACUAUAUAUACAUAUGUGUAUAUAUAUAUAUCGAUAUAUUUAUAUAUAUAUAAAUAUAUAUAAAUAUACAUGCAUACGUAAUCGUAUAUAUAUAUAUAUGUGGAUUCUGUGCAAAUCUCAAAUGCUAUAGUCGAAAAUCUAACGCAACAAAAAUAUAUGUUUAAUUUUUUUGAUGGCAUUCAUUUACAAAAACUAUUCUAUUUAUACAUAUAUGUACAUACAUGCACACGUAUAUUGAUGUGUGUGUAAUAAUGAUUACCAUAUACAUAUAUCAGCGAA